GCCCCGGCGAUUCGAAUUCGGGCGUUGCCGAGGGUUUGACCCGAGCGUCCCGACCUGAGUUUUGGCCACGCAAUCUUCUCCAGUCGCGCGCCAAAGCGCGCGCCUUUCUCGUCUUCCCACCAUGGGCUCCGUGCCAGACACGACGGACACUCCACCGCGUGCUGUUGUCGUUCUCGGCUCGGCGAUCGAGAGCCAAGGGGGCGUCAACGUGGACCAGGGCGAGCUUCCUCGCGCCAAGCAGGCUGGGUUUGGCGGACCCAGAGCUGCGAGGAAAAGUGGAUCUUCCGAUCCUUCGGGUUUCCAGAAGCAGUUCGCCAUGUUGGACAACACCCAGGCUGGCCAGGCGAACCUCGCGACGAAAGGCGACGCGGAGGGCACGCGCGCCGAGAUCUACGGCAAGAACAGCCGCAUCGACCAGCUCACUGAGCGGAUGGACAACCUCGGGCCCAGUCGCGCGAUUCUCUCUUGGACGCACAGACCAAGGCGAUCCCGGUCGUUUUGGACAGCAAGAUCGCCCCGAUUCAAAGCUCGAUGCCACGGCCCAAGGCUUCGCGUUCGUCUGGAUCGGCUUCCUCGCGCUCGUCGAGCACCCAGGCAUCAGCAUCGGUUUCGUCGGGCCCUCGCAAAGUGUGUGUCGGCGGUUUUCCUCGCGCCCCCUUUGGACGCGUCCUCGAGGCGCGCGGGCGUUCAGCGCUCGCAAAUCUCACUGCUGCCGCGCGUGGGCGCGCGGUCGUGAAGGGGCACAAAUUGCGCAAGAGCUACAGCAUCGCCAUCGCCGACGCGACCCAUGCCAACGACUUCAUCGAGCGGGCGCGGAACGACCCGCGCAGCAACCAGGCCAUGCCCUUGCGCGUUGGGAAGGGCGCCGCCGCCGACAUGAGAAGGUGGAACCAUGUGUUCGGUUACUUGUGGAAGCGCGUCCGCACUCACCUGAGCGGCGCCAACCAGCGGGCGCCCAACGUGCACCUUGGUUCGCAGGGCGUCAAGGGCACUCUCUACCUCAUCCAGGACGACGAUGCCCGCCUGCUCUUCUACAUGGAGGCUGGCGACCACGACCAGUUCACCAUCGCGCCGAACUCUGCUGAUCUAGAGCGCUUCGGUAUGACCCCCGACGUGAUCAGCCAAUGGAUCCAGGCUGCCCAGUAGGCGUGCCCCUUGCCAAUCCGAGCUCGCGUGGAUGACGGGCGCUCCAGUGCCACUCAGUACCUUUCACCCUGGCGAGGCUCUUGCUAGUGACCACGAUGAAGCGCAUCCUCUCAGACCACUGGCAGGAGCCAGCGGCCCCCGCAGGCGGCGUCGCCAGGUUUCAGCAUUGCCAAUUCGGGGCAGCUCGACCUCGAGCACCUCGUCUUCGUCUAGCGAUCCCUCUUCUUCCUUUGAACCUGCCAGCGACUCCGAGCAAUUCUCUCGGGGGUCACGUCCAUUUCUACUAACUGCCAAGGCGAGCAUUGUCUUGGAAGUGUUGUUCUCUCUUUGGGCUUCUAGGUUCUGGCACCCC